AUGGCGGCCGUCGACCGGUUCGUGAAUCCGAUUCCCAACCCUGCACGCUACCAGAAGUACAAUGGCGUCAACUUGGAGACUCUGUGCAUGGCCGCAUACCAAGGAGACCUGGAACAGUUAGAAGUGCUCCUGCGCAAGGGGGACGAAGACCACAUCUUCAAUGGUGACGUGAACAUGCACUACACGGAUGUCAAUGCGCUUCACAUGGCUGCCAUGGCCGGGCAUGCCAAGUGCGUGAAGCCUCUUGGGAACCUUAAAACGAAGCCCAUUCCAAUCAUUAAGGCCCUUCAUCCAAGGCUCCUCCUCGAAGCGCAGGCCGACCCACAUGUGCGCUGCGUGGUGCCCGAAGGCAAGGAUCCAAAGGAGGCCGACACUGCGAAGGAUAAGGAGGAUGGCAUUGCGAACAAUCAGAAGCUCUAUUCUGAUCCGAAGCUCGUGAAAAAGGCUGAGCCGGCAGCACCCCAGGCAGAGGGCUCGCAGUAUGUGAAGAUGUUGGAUGGCGUGAAGGAUGUCCCAGAGGUGAAGGACAUGCUCUCCAAAGCCAACGAGAUCCUCGGCUACGACCUUCUGAAGAUGUGCCUAGAGGGGCCCGAGGAGAAGCUAGCAGAGACCCGGUACUGUCAGCCUGCGAUGUUCGUGGGUGGCCUCGCCGGAGUCUGCAAGCUAAAAUCUCAGAACGCCGAUGCCGCUUCGAGACCGCGCUGCAUGGCUGGCCUGUCUCUGGGCGAGUACACGGCGCUCUGUGCUGCCGGCGUCCUCAGCUUCGAGGAUGGCCUAACAUUGGUGAAGUUGCGUGGGGAAGCCAUGCAGGAGGCGGCGAUGGUGGGAAAGCAGGCGAUGCUUUCUGUGGCAGGCUUGGACCAGAAGGUUUUGGAGCAAUGCUGCGCGGAGGCUGAGAAGAAGGAAGCCGGGGGCGUCUGUCGCAUCGCCAACGCCCUCUUCCCAAAGGGCUUCUCUUGUGCUGGUACGGAGCAGGCAGUUAACGAGCUCAAGGCCAUCGCAGAGAAGAAGGGGGCGCUCCAGGCCUGUGGGGUGCCGAUUGUGUUUGGAGUGUAA